AUGGCUGUGGCGUACAUAACUAAGGAGCAGAAGGAUGACAUGCUCAAGCGCAUGGUCCUCACCAACGCGCAUCUCGGUACGGAAAAGGUGGAGCCGAAGAUGGCGAGUCACGUUUUCAGUCGUGCGGCGGAGGGCCACCACGUCAUAAACAUUGAGCACACGAUUGAGAAGUUGGCAUUGGCUGCGCGGAUUGUGGUAGCCACCCCUAACCCCAAGGAUGUGUGCGUGGUAGCUUCUCGGGAUGUGGCAAACAGGCCGGCCUUGAAAUUUGCGCACUACACCGGUGCAACUGCGAUGGCUGGGCGUUGGACGGCUGGUACGUUGACAAACCAGAUCACGAAACAGUUUAUGGAGCCGCGCGUGGCCAUUAUAGCUAACCCUGAGGACGAUGCACAAGCCAUUGCUGAGUGCUCCCGUGCUAACAUUUGCGUCAUUGCCUUCUGCACUUCCGACUCGCCGCUACAGUAUGUCGACGUGGCCAUCCCCUGCAAUAACCGUGGCGCCCAGGCACUUGGCCUCAUGUUCUGGCUACUCGCACGCGAAGUCCGCUACCUCAAGGGACUCCUACCCCGCGCCGAAGCCUGGGAUGUCAUGCCCGACUUCUUCAUGCACCGUCUCACCAACGACGAUCGCAAGAAGGAUGACGGCAUCUCCGACGAUGACGAAGACGCUGAAUCCCAAGCCGAGGAUGCCGAAGCUCAAGUCGAGUAA